UCUCUGCUCCCAGUCUUGGGUACAAAAUCAUAAAAUAAUUGUUUUUGUGGGGGAGACGGGCGGACGCGGCGGGCAGCCCCGCGGUCGCUGUGGUGACGGCGUGAGGCCGGGGGUCCUCGGGGAGGCUCGAGCCGGGAGCAGACAUGGCGGAUUUCGACAGUUACGAUGACCGGCAGCAGCAGUACAGCAGCUUCGGGGGCGGCCGUGGAUCACGUGGUGCAGUUGGCGGUCCUCGGAAACAGAAGGAAUUACCCACAGAGCCCCCAUACACAGCCUAUGUAGGAAACCUACCCUUCAACACAGUCCAAGGCGACAUCGAUGCAAUCUUCAAAGAGCUAAAUGUACGGAGUGUCCGACUAGUCCGAGACAAAGAGACAGACAAGUUUAAAGGAUUUUGUUAUGUAGAAUUUGACGAUUUGGAAUCCCUUAAAGAAGCUUUGACAUACGACGGAGCACUUCUUGGUGAUCGAUCUCUGCGGGUUGACAUAGCAGAAGGCAGGAAGCAGGAGAAGGGUGGCUUUGGCUUCAGGAGAUCAGAUGACAGAGGAGGCUUCAGAGAUGAUGACUUCAGUGACCGCUCACUGGGUGGGUUUGGAGGAAACAGAGCCAGAGGUAGUCGCUCUGGAGAGAGGCGAGGAGGGAUGGGAGGAGGAGGAAGUCGCUAUAGAGAUGUACCCCCUCAUGGGUCUUCCAUGGAGUUCAGAGAGCCAACAGAAGAGGAAAGAGCACAGAGACCCAGGCUCCAACUUAAACCUCGCACAGUGGCUGCCCCCCUUAACCAGGUCGCCAAUCCGAACUCAGCCAUAUUUGGUGGAGGUAAGCCCCGAGAGGAAAAAACUGGACAAGAUGAACAAUAACGAGCUAAGAAAAUGAUGGAAGUUCCUUUUGUAGAAAUUACACCCCUGCAGUUUCCAUUCCUACCACUUAACUUCCCCCCAAAAUCUCUAUACAGCUUGAAUACACGUUGGCUGUUAGCAAGUGGUUUUUAGUACAUCCGACUGCUUUGUACCCUCGUCCCUGCUCUGUGCUGCAUUUUUGCCGUGGACAGUUUGGCAGUCAACACGAAACCUCAACGGAUUAUCGAAUCUAUUGCAGUUCCCGAAUAACGCUGUCAGAAACACGGGCUCAUCUGAUUCGGCCUCCAAACUCUUUCUUGUUCACAUCGCUCUUACUAAAGGUCCAGCCUGCACACUAUAUUCUGUGCCACGGUGUAUUGGAAGAUUUAAAGGCAUGACACAUCCACAUCAGAGGGAUAUUUGUUUUAAACUGCACUGAAGACUGAGCUGAGGGGGUCAGGCAGCUAAACGUGUUCUUGGGAAGAAAAGAAGCCAUGGCAGGUGCUGAGCACUCAGUGUCAGUGACCGAUCGAUGAUGGACACACAACUGACCUUUCAACAUGUCAAGCUUUUGUUAUUUAAUAUUCAAAGUUGCAGUCUUGGCAGGGGGAGAUAGAGAGGGAAAAAAUAGCCGUUUUAUCUAACUGUGUGACCUGCUGUUACUCUGUAAUUAAGAACCAUUUGUCUGACACUGCGCAUCCCGAAUGAUCUCUACCACACGUAUUUAUCUUCAGCUUCACUCUUCAGAACGUGGGAACUUACAAGUCUUGUUGAACAUGGAAAACUGUUGCAUUUUUUAAAAACCACAUCCCGGAUAACUGACGUCUCACACUAAGUCAGCAAAAUGUGAUUUUAAGUGUAAAGAUUCUCAACACAUUUUGCUUCGUAAUAUAAAAUGCAUUUACGGAUUCGGUAUUUUAUGAAUGAUCUUUUAAGUAAAAAGAAAAUCUUUUCGGUGAGCAUGUCUUCCCAUGGAGGUUUAAUCUCCAUGAUGUAUGUAUGUAGAGUGUUUUAUUUUCCUUUUGCCAUUAAAUGUACUUUGUGGUUC